GAGGGUUUUGUGCAAGACUUCGUGGCGCUGUUGCCUAUUAUCAUCCAAGGCGGCUACUUUCUCUCAUCCGGCGACUUUAAUCCCAACUCCGACACAUAAGAUCAGGGAUCUCAAUCUUACUCGUCCUCAUCGAUUCUUUCUUAAUUUCUCAUCUAUUCUCGAUACACUACAGUUCCGACACUCAUUUGGCGCGAUGGGGUCGCAGCCGCAGGAGGAAGUACACUGGCCAGCCAACAAGGUCCGAGACACUUUCGUUCAGUUCUUUGAGGGAAAAGAACAUGUGUUUUGGCGUUCGAGUCCAGUUGUCCCGCUCAAUGACCCCACUCUCCUCUUUGCGAACGCUGGUAUGAACCAGUUCAAGCCUAUUUUUCUGGGAACUGUUGAUCCCAACAACCCCAUGGGAAAACUUGCUCGUGCUUGCAAUACCCAGAAGUGCAUUAGGGCUGGUGGAAAACACAAUGAUCUGGAUGAUGUGGGAAAAGAUACUUAUCAUCACACAUUCUUUGAGAUGCUUGGUAACUGGUCAUUUGGCAAUUAUUUUAAGAAAGAGGCUAUUGAAUGGGCAUGGGAGCUUCUCACUAAGGUCUAUAUGUUACCUACUGAUAGGAUUUACGCCACCUAUUUUGGUGGUGAUGAUAAAGCUGGACUUGCUGCUGAUAAUGAAGCUAGAGAUAUAUGGCUGACUUUCUUGCCACCUGCCCGUGUCUUGCCCUUUGGUUGCAAAGACAAUUUUUGGGAGAUGGGUGAUACUGGGCCGUGUGGACCCUGCACUGAAAUACAUUUUGACCGAAUAGGUAAUCGUGAUGCUGCUUCACUGGUUAAUAAUGAUGACCCCACAUGCAUUGAGAUUUGGAACCUUGUGUUUAUUCAGUUUAACCGGGAAGCAGAUGGUUCACUAAAAUCUCUCCCAUCAAAGCACGUAGAUACUGGAAUGGGUUUUGAAAGAUUAACUUCUAUCCUCCAGAACAAGAUGAGCAAUUAUGACACAGAUGUGUUUGUACCUAUCUUUGAUGCCAUCCAACAGGCAACUAGUGCUCGUCCGUACUCUGGAAAAGUUGGUCCGGAUGAUGAAGACAAAGUUGAUAUGGCUUAUAGAGUUGUCGCUGAUCACAUUAGGACUCUUUCCUUUGCAAUAGCAGACGGUGCUUGCCCAGGAAAUGAGGGACGUGAUUAUGUGCUCAGACGUAUUCUUCGCCGAGCAGUACGCUAUGGCACUGAAGUUUUGAAAGCGAAACCAGGAUUUUUCAGUGGGCUUGUAAGUGUUGUGGUGCAACUAAUGAGUGGCACUUUCCCAGAGCUGAAACAACAUGAAGUGCAUAUCAGGGAGAUAAUUGCAGAUGAGGAAACCAGUUUUGGGAAGACAUUGCUCAAUGGUAUUGAGAGAUUUAAGCGAGUGGCACAUGAUCUUCAAGGAAAGAAAUUAAGCGGGCAGGAUGCAUUUAUCUUGUGGGACACAUUUGGUUUUCCUCUAGAUUUAACUCAGUUGAUGGCUGAGGAAAGAGGCUUGGAAGUUGAUACUGAAGGCUUUGACAUUGCUAUGAAUGAGGCAAAAGAAAGGUCAAGAAAUGCCCUGAACAAGCAAGCCGGAGGCACUUUUGUAAUGGAUGCGGAUGCUACCUCUUCAUUAAAUAAAAAGAAUAUUCCUCCAACCGAUGAUAGCUUCAAGUUUAUAUGGUUUCAGGAUCAUCAUAGCACAGUGAAAGCUAUUUAUACUGGAAGAGAAUUCUUGGAAAGCGUUUCUUGCAAUUCUGAAGUUGGCAUUGUACUUGAAACCACUAGCUUCUAUGCUGAGCAAGGUGGACAGAUAUUUGAUACCGGAUCACUUGAAGGCCCUUUUGGUUCAUUUGAAGUUUCUAAUGUACAAGUUUAUGGAGGCUUUGUUGUUCAUAUUGGUUUCUUUACCAAGGAAACUUGCAAACUGUCCGUUGGAGAUAAAGUUAUUUGCAGAGUCAAUUAUGAUAGGCGUAAACUCAUAGCCCCUAACCAUACGUGUACACAUAUGUUGAACUUUGCUCUCAGGGAGGUACUUGGAAAUCAUAUUGACCAGAAAGGCUCAAUUGUUCUUCCUGAGAAAUUAAGAUAUGAUUUUUCUCAUGGAAAGCCUGUUAAACCAGAUGAAUUGAGGAGGAUUGAGUCAAUUGUUAAUGAGCAAAUUAAGGCUGAAAUGGAUGUAUUCUCCAAGGAGGCAACAUUGUCUGAGGCUAAGCGUGUAAAGGGUUUACGAGCUGUAUUUGGAGAAGUCUAUCCUGACCCAGUAAGAAUAGUAGCUAUUGGUAAAAAGGUGGAGGAUCUGCUGGCUAAUCCAGAAAGUGACGAGUGGAUGUCAAUAUCUACAGAAUUUUGUGGAGGGACCCACAUUUCAAAUACGAGAGAGGCCAAGGCUUUUGCUCUUUUGUCUGAGGAGGGCAUUGCUAAAGGGAUUCGUAGAGUAACUGCUGUUACAACAGAUCCAGCUUUUAAGGCCAUUGACUUGGCGCUCUCACUAGAGCAGGAAGUAAUUGAGGCAUCAUCGGGUGAAGGAAGCUUGCUAGAGCAGAAAGUAACAUCUCUAAAUCAACGAGUGGAAUCAGCAACUAUUCCCGCAGCCAGGAAAACUGAUCUCAAGUCAAAACUCUCUGUACUUCAGAGUCAAGUGAUAAAAGCUAAAAAGAAGAUUGCUGAAGAAAACAUACAGAAAGCCAUUAAAGUAGCAGCUGAGACAGCAGAAGCUGCUGCUGCUGACGGAAAAUCUUUCUGCAUCUCGUGCAUUGAUGUUGGAUCGGAUACAAAUGCUUUGCGUGAAGCAGUUGUGAAAGUCAUGGAAAAGAAUAUUGCGGGCAUGGUUUUCAGCACAGAUUUAACAUCAAAGAAGACACUAGUAUGUGCAGGAGUACCUGAUAAAGCAGAUAAAUGCAAAGAGCUGAAGGUGGUUGAAUGGUUAGGGGAAGCACUGAAGCCUCUCAAAGGGAAAGGAGGUGGAGGGAAAGGCGGUCUUGCUCAAGGACAGGGAUCCGAAAUAACCAAUUUGGAAGAAGCAGUGAAGCUAGCGUCGUCAUUUGCCUCUUUGAAGCUGCAGUGAGAUUCUGUUCCGUUUGAUUAAACAGUUUUCUUCCUUUCUUGCAGUUUCUAUCUUCAUAUUGAUAGAAAUGAUAAAAAUAGUGAAAGAUAAUUGGGAUAAACUGGAGUUGUUGUUUCGCACAAUGAACUCCCAUAUGAUCCCGUUUUAUUUUCUUAUCUGCUGAUACAAAGGUAAAAUGGUGACAAACUCUUGUGCUUCUUUAUUUGUGGUGUUUUUUACUCAUUUUUUUUUUUUUUAUCAAAUCUUGUUCAGACAAUUUCUAUUGUUACUCCACUCCCCUUCAGAGGAAAUACUUAAUUGCAGUGGUUUUAAUUUGAUGUUUU